AUGGCGCCACCUCCAGAAGACCGGCAAACAUCCUCCUCCUCGAGCGACGUCGAUAUUCCCUACGAGGGACAGUACUCCGACGACACUUCUCCGCCGGAAACCUCGGAUCUCUCAAACCUCACGCGGUCAGUGAGAGCUCGCAAAGCUGAGUAUAUCCGACAGCGCUCGAUCCGCAUCAAGGUGGGAACGUGGAAUGUCGCCGCCAUUGCUGGCACAGAGAAAGAGAUUGGAAAUUGGUUCGUCGAAGGAAAGGAUUUAAUCCACCAUUUCGCUGGCCCAGGCCAAGAACAUGACCAUUCGAGACACAAAAUAUCAUCCGAGACGCACAAUCUCGGCCCCUCGCGGGAGAAGUCCGAAGAGCAUUCGACCUCUGAGUACGGCCUAUAUGUGCUAGGGCUGCAAGAGAUAGUCGACCUGUCGUCGCCGUCCGUAACGCUGAGUCCCUUCAAUGACCCGGCUCCGUCGAAUCGCUGGAAAGAGUUUGUUCGGGAGGCGCUUCCUGCUGGUUAUCAACUGGUCGCCGAGUCUCAAUUAGUAGGGCUAUUGCUCUUGGUGUACGCCGCUCCCAAUGUUGCGCCAACAAUUUCAUCGGUGAGCUCAACCACUGUUGGCACAGGUUUGAUGGGGAUGGGAAAUAAGGGAGCUACAAUCACUCGUCUCGUACUGGGAGAAACUACACGGCUUGUCUUUGUCAAUUGCCAUCUCGCAGCAGGCUCCGAUAAGGGCAGCCUUGAACGACGGAAUUGGGAUGCUUCUCAAAUUGUCGGGCGCACACGGUUCCAUCCUAUCGGGCCAGACCACGAGCUCUAUGGCGAGCUGAACGAAACCAUUGCCAGUGCAGAUUUUGCAUUUUGGUUCGGCGAUCUCAACUACCGCCUUGAUGAUAUCCCGGGCGAUGAUGUUCGCCGUUUGCUCAUAUUGCACACUCAAAAUGAGUAUGAUGCAAAACACAGGAACAGAAAGAAGCCCGAUAUCGAGCUUCCAUCCCCUAUCCUAGUUGUAGAUGCUGAAUCUGAAACCUCUCCUUCAGCAUCCGACGAUGGGGACGACGCCAGGAAGAAAACUUCUGAUCAAAUUACAGAAAAUUUGAACAAGUCUGCAAAUAUACUAGAGGCCCAAAGCCAGCAGCAGCAGUCAUAUGUCUCUACGGCGAUAGUAGAGGCCAUAGAUCCGAGCCAUGAUCCAUCGUCUCUCCUGACGACGCUAAAUUCUCUAUUAAGUCACGAUCAGCUCCGGAUCCAGCAACUGAAGAAGAAAGCAUUUCAUGAGGGAUGGAGAGAAGGCGAAAUUCAUUUUUUGCCCACCUAUAAAUAUGAUGUGGGAAGUGUUGCUAUUUUUGAUACAAGUGAAAAGCAAAGAGGGCCGAGCUGGUGUGACCGUAUACUAUAUAGAUCGAAGCAGGACCGUCUAAAUUACGAAAAGGGAGUUCAGGAAACUGAGCAGUCGCGCAGAAGAGACGAAGAGAUGCAGGCUCGGGGCAUAGACAAGGCUGCCGAGGAUGAAAAUGUUCUGUUUGAUUAUAAUCCUGAAACAGAUGGCGCAAAUGAGGACGAAUAUAGAGAAGACCAGGACCAUACUUCUCAGUAUUCGUCUGACCCCGAGGCGAAGGCCGUUGACGUCGAGGAUACGAUCAAGUUAAUGCAUUAUACGUCUCACCAGGGGAUACUCUCCUCGGAUCACAAGCCGCUGGACGCCGUUUUUGUGAUAACCUAUGAUGCCGUCAUUCCAGAUCUGAGGCGGACGGUCUACCAAGAUGUCGCGAAAGAACUGGACAAGGCUGAAAACGAAGCCCGACCCGAGGUGACUGUAGUGGUCGAUCAUCACGUCGAAAACGCAGAGGAAACAGUUCGCGACGUAGCAUAUGAUCAGAACGCGAUCUACUUUGGCGGGGUGCCCUACGGUGUUCCGGUCAGUAGAUCUGUGACCAUUGCCAAUACCGGAAGUGUGCCUGCCACCUUCUGUUUCGCGUCAAGAGUUUUGGUUGGAGACACCGUCACAGAGUCGAAAAGUGAUCAAGUGCCAUGGAUGGAAAUCCGAGUGGAUUGGCCUCCGAAUGAGAAGAAGAAGGACGAGAAGAAGGAGCGCUCACAGCCAAAGACGUACACUUUUGCACCGGGCGAUUCAGCGAAUGCGGAAGUGAUUGCAUGUGUGAAAGACCUAGAUUAUGUGCGAGCCCUAAACGCCGGCAAAGCCAAGGUUGAGGACAUUUUAAUACUACGAAUAACCGGAGGCAGAGAUCACUUCAUCCCGGCUUAUGGAAGAUGGCUACCAACUUGCUUUGGCCGAUCACUGGAUGAGCUCACGCAUAUCCCGGAGGCUGGGGUGCGUAGUUUAGGUACCACCAUCUCUACAGACACCAAAAUGGCUGAAGGGGGCAUUAGAUUAUCGGCGCCCCGGGAAUUAUUCCGCCUGACAGAAGCAAUCUCGCGUCUUACGGAACAAGCUGUUGCUGAGUGGAGCAUGAUGAAGGGAGAGUCCAGUGAUGAAACACCCCCUUGGCUCUCUCCAGAUGGCGGGCUUGGGUGGCCGUUCAGUCACGAAUCCUGGACGCUUCGCGGCGCUGAGGAACGAGCACCUUUAUUGUUUAACGUCCGUGAGGCCCUAGAUAUCGGAAGUUCCUUGAGCUCAAUCUUUCCACCCGAAGUAUCAUCACUGCCUCGGUUAGAAAUUCUCGCCGAAACCCUCAUCUCCUUCUUACAAUCUCUCAAGGACGGAAUCAUCAAACCUGAGAUGUGGAAAAGCAUGGAGCAGCAAUUGAUAGCGCGAGAGAAAUCCAAGGAGCACUGGCGUUCCCCAGAAGAAAUCCAGGCCUGGGUGCUGGACAGUCUUGCGCCAUCCCCAGUGCAUAGUGUAUCAUUUACAUUCUUGACCUUCAUGCUGAAUCAAAUCAUCAACGAAGUUGCCCCGGCCUCGAACCAGACAGCUCUACCGCCGAUGCUUCAGCCUCCAUCAUCCCCAUCGCAAACCGACCCGAACAUCCCGCCCGAAAAAGCCGCCCCCAGCAUCUCAUCACCGACUCGUCGAGCACGCACUCUAACCCUUAGCUCUUCCUGGUCGUCUUCCACCAUCACCAAAGACCCCAACAACAAUAACGGCAGUAGCAGUAAUAGCAGCAGCAGCAGCAAUAAUAAACCCAAAGAGAACCCGAUAGAACUCGAUAAACCGGCAGAUAGAAGACGACAUGACGUGGAAACGAAACUAUCAAGCAUUUUUUCCAGUGUAAUGAUAUCGCCCUCUGCGUCGCCGCCUACAAAGGAGAAGGAGCGGCGACUGUGGGAUGAACGGAAAAGACUCGUUGUGGAGGCCUUUAUACAACCAGUUAGGACGCCUAAUUUGGAUCAAAUGGCUGCAACGGGUUAA